GCUCCACCCCUCACCUGCCUCACCUGAGACGAAGCAGGAAACAGUCGGUGAUUCUUGGUCUCUACAGAGAGACACACAGACGAUCAGAUUCACCUUCAGCUUCCUCUGAGUGAGUCCAGCUGCAGGAAAGAAAAGUGGGAAACUUCAAGCUGCUCCCAGUCCACACACUGAAGCUUCAUUCUCAGACCACAUGGCUUCCAGAUCAGAGGAGGAUCUCUGCUGUCCGGUCUGUAAGGACGUCUUCAGAGAUCCUGUUCUUCUGUCAUGUAGCCACAGCUUCUGUAGAGACUGUCUGAAGAGCUGGUGGACACAGAAUCCAACACACCAGUGUCCCGUUUGUAAGAGAAGAUCUUCAAGAGAUGAACCACCUUUAAAUCUGGUGUUGAGGAAUCUGUGUGAGUCCUUCUUACAGGAGAGAGAUCAGAAAGCUUCAGAAGGUCUCUGCCAUCUGCACUCUGAGAAACUCAAACUCUUCUGUCUGGACCAUCAGCAGCCAGUGUGUCUCAUCUGCAGAGAUUCAGAAAAACACACCAACCACAGAUUCAAACCCGUCAAUGAAGCUGCACGACAGCACAGGAAGGAACUUCAAGAAACUCUGGAACCAUUAAAGAAGAAACUGGAGCUCCAGAAGGACGUUCAGAAGACGUUUGAUGAAACAGCAGAACACAUUAAGGUCCAGGCCCGACACACAGAGAGGCAGAUUAAGGAGCAGUUUAAGAAGCUUCAUCAGUUUCUAGCAGAGGAAGAGGAGGCCAGGCUGGCUGCUCUGAGGGAGGAAGAGGAGCAGAAGAGUGGGAUGAUGAAGGAGAAGAUGGAGGCUCUGAGCAGAGAGAUAGCAGCUCUUUCAGACACAGUCAGAACCACAGAGGAGGAGCUGAGAGCUGCAGACGUCUCAUUCCUGAACAACUACAAGGCUGCAGUGGAAAGAGUCCAGCGCUGCCCCCUGCUGGAUGAUCCACAGCUGCAUUCAGGAGCUCUGAUAGACCAGGCCAAACACCUGGGCAACCUGGUCUUCAACAUCUGGAACAACAUGAAGGACCUGGUCUGCUAUACUCCUCUCAUUCUGGACCCAAACACUGCUGGUCCAGGACUCUUCCUGUCUGAAGAUCUGACCAGUGUGAGACGAGGAGAGAAACAGAAGCUUCCUGAUAAUCCAGAGAGGAUUGGUGGUUAUUUUGUUCUUAGUUCUGAGGGUUUUAACUCAGGAACUCACAGCUGGGAUGUCGAUGUUGGAGACGGUCAAGACUGGGAACUAGGUGUGUUUGCAGAGUCUGUAAACAGGAAAGGAAACACAUGGUCUGGAUUAUGGGGAAUAUUGUUCGAUGAAGAAAGACAACGGCGAUGUCGUGCACGGCGGGAUGCUGAUCCUGAGAGGAGGCAAAAAUACUUGGAGAGUGAGCGUCAGAGAUGGAAACCAGAUGUAGAGCUAGGGAAAAAGAAGAUGAUCAAUGAUCUAAAUGAGCGAGGCAAACGUCAGCUACGUAAAAAGAGGAGGAAGCAGAACAGAAAGAGAAAAAAGAAGAAUGCCAGGAUGCAGAUUCCUGACACCCCUCCUGAGAGUCCAGAUUAUGUCCAACAGCCAGUGGAGCAGGCUGGAUCUUCAAGACUCUUGGUCAUUUUACUACAAGUCUGGCGUUGCCGGCAGCAUUUCGUGAGUGGUAAACAGAGAAAUCUAACGACAGGAUGCCUGAUGAGCCUGAAAAUCCAGCUUCAGCCUCCAGUUUGAACAGGAGGACCCCUCGUUUUGGUUCUCUGGAAGUCACUUCCGAAAUCAACAAACUCAAAAUAUAGUCAGAAGAACAAGUCUGGUGGAGGAUAUUAUGACCGUGGACACGGGUGGAUGUGCUGUUUAAUUCAUCUUAUCACACAGCUGAUGGUGGCUGCUUUCACAGAGACUUUACAGAUGGUGACAGCAGCUCUCCCAAAACCAGCUGAGGACGGGUUUCACACACACUGAUGCAGGAUUACUGGAUCAUAGGUGAAGACCUUAGUAGGGGGCAUUGGACAGCUCAGAGGUUUACGGGUCCAUACCAGGUGCUCCUGCUGGGAGGUCUUCCUGGCCAGUCACUGCAACCGUGUCCCAGCACCAGCAGGAGAUCUUCAAUCUUCACCGCCCCCUCCAUCUCCAUCUCUGGGGGAGAUCUCGACUCAUCUGAUCCAUCGGGAUGAAUCACCGUGGGUUAUCCUGUCCCCUUUUCCCUGAGUGGUGACUAAUAACAACCAUAGCCUUCAGAUGACUACGGGAGCUUGAAUGCAGAUGUUGUGGAGCGAUACUCAUCUGCUUCAUUCUUUUCUUGUCCACAUGGAGGCUGACAGCCACAGGAGCGGGUGAAACGUCACCUGAUUGAUCAUCAUGAUGAGCAAAACUUCAGUCUGGUAUCAGCUGGCUGAGCAAACCGCUCUGAAAUUCACAAAUUCCAGCUGUUAUGUCUGUUUCCUGAUCCCAUUUGCCACACCUGAGUCCCCCCUGCUGCAACCUCGGCCAGCAGAUGCUGUGCUGAGCGUCCUUUCUGUGUUCACUGUUGUCGCUCACAACAGUACACACUUCCUGGAUCUGAGCGUUAUAAGGAGACAUUUUCCAACACUCCUGGAUCUCUCAUUCACUCCAACUCGUGUUCCUUCCAACUUCUCUGCUCACACCAACAAGACUGUUUCUGAUGCGAUAAUAACUGCUCUGUACUCAGUUCACACUCCACAGGCUGCAGUAUGUUUCCACCUUCUGGGUGGAGCGCCGACAUUUCAUCCUGGGACUGCCUCACACUGUAAUAUUUCCUGCAUCUUGGUUUUAUUGUGAAAACAGAUUUUCAUGUAACAUGUGUUCGUAGUCCUGCUGCUAUGCUUGUAUGAUGUGCAUUUUACGUCUUUGGGCCUUCAUGGUAUGAAUAUACUGUUUCACACACACCUUCUCGGGGUUCUGGCUGUCCUGCAGGUGUGGUGUAGGUUUGUGGUCACCAUUCUUACAUAUCUCUUCCUUUCAGGUAACUGUUUUGGUAUUUGCUACUUAGCCUUCCUUAUUCCUUAUGCACGUGUGGCCUCUAAUUUAACUAUUGCUCUAUUCCUGCAGGCGUCACUCUGGCCUCCAUAAGAGGGAGAGGUCGGCUCCAUGGUCUAAGUUUCUAGGUGGUAUAAUCACUCUUAUGGUACUGGACGUAAUGCUUUUCACAUAGAUCAGUUGGCUAUUGAACUUGAGAAUCUAACUGCAUCAGUUUCAUCUGGUUUUGAGUCCCUGACCCCUGAGCUUAAGGCUCUAUGUGUCAUGUACCUGGAGGAUGGGAUGGCUCUGGAUUCCUCCUGGCUGACCUGGGCGGAGCCUGUCAGGUAAUAGGUGCUGAGUGUUGUACUUGAAUUCCUGAUGCUUCUAACUACAUUUCAGCUGUUUUACAUUAUUUAAGUGUUGUGAUAUACCUCGAUAUUAAUGUAAAAUCUUGAUGUUAGAAAUUAAUAUUAAAUUUAUAAAACUUCAUCAACUUAAUUUGCUUUGAUUGGGGCACCACUCUUCUGUAUAUUUAUGACUAAUUAAUUCACAGCCCAGAAGACAAAAAUGUGAGUGGGUAUUUUAUUAAAGAAAAUAUUGAUUUUAAUUUAC